GACAUCUUUGACUCCACAUGAUAUUGGUCCCUCAAUGACAUUUACCCAACGUUAGCAGUUGAACAGCAAUGUAUUCAGCGACAUAAACAAGGGGGAAAGUAGCGCUACAAGUAGGCAACUACAGUACACUGUAUGGUUGCUCAAUCAGAGUUAAAUCCAACAGCUAACUAGUAAACCUUUGCUCGUGUAGCUAGCUAAUCCAGCAUGGACUACCUCAGGAAAGCCCUGUUUACCAUUCCCCAACACUGGAAGCCCCUCAGGUGUAUUCAGCCCAGAUAUUGUUCUAAAUUAGCUAACGCUAGUGUGACUUCAAGAGAGAGGAAGACAACUGUAGACAAGUUCAAGAGUCAGAUAUCCUCUGGUCCAAGUUUUCAGGAUUUCAUCAAAGGAGUCCCAGUCAAUAAGAGCUCUGCUGCAGAUGAAGAGUACUCUGACGAGCAUAGUUAUCUUCAGGAUUUGGUGAUGGGAAAUUCAAGAAAAGUUUAUUUUGAAACCUAUGGAUGUCAAAUGAAUGUAAACGACACAGAGAUAGCCUGGUCCAUACUACAGAGGAAUGGAUAUGAACGCACAGUCGACUUAAAAGAGGCAGACGUUGUCCUUCUGGUUACAUGUUCUAUAAGAGAAAAGGCUGAACAAACUAUUUGGAACAGACUCAAACAUCUAACAGCUAUGAAGAAGAAGCGUUUAAAGACCCAAACACCAAUGAAAAUUGGGAUUUUAGGGUGCAUGGCAGAGAGGCUAAAGACAGAGCUUUUGGAGCAGGAGAAGCUUGUAGACGUUCUUGCUGGUCCAGAUGCCUACCGGGACCUUCCCCGCCUCCUGACUGUAGCUGAUGGAGGUCUUCAGGCCAGCAACGUCCUGCUGUCGCUAGAGGAGACCUAUGCUGACGUCAUGCCUGUCCACCAUGCUCCGCAGGGAUACAGUGCUUUUGUGUCCAUCAUGAGAGGCUGCGAUAACAUGUGCAGUUACUGCAUCGUUCCCUUCACUCGAGGGAGAGAGAGGAGUCGACCCGUCAGCUCCAUACUUGAGGAAGUUCGUAUGCUCUCUGGCCAGGGUGUGAAGGAGGUGACUCUGCUGGGUCAGAAUGUGAACAGCUACAGAGACGCAUCAGAGGAGCAGUUCAGCGGUUCAGAGCUGACCCAGCUCAGCCGAGGGUUUAAGACCGUCUACAGAACGAAACAGGGAGGUCUGCGCUUCUCCGACCUGCUGGACCGAGUGUCCCGCAUCGACCCGGACAUGAGAAUCCGAUUCACCUCCCCUCAUCCCAAGGAUUUCCCUGAUGAGGUUUUGCAUCUGAUUGCGGAGCGAGGGAACAUUUGUAAGCAGAUCCACCUUCCAGCCCAGAGUGGCAGCAACAAGGUUCUCAAAGCAAUGCGCCGUGGCUAUACAAGAGAGGCCUACCUUGAUCUUGUGAAGAACGUCAAGAGAAUUAUCCCAGAGGUGAGUCUCAGCAGUGACUUCAUCUCAGGGUUCUGUGGUGAGACAGAGGACGACCACCAGCAGACGGUGUCUCUGAUCAGAGAGGUGGGCUACAAUGUUGGAUUCCUGUUUGCCUACAGUAUGAGAAAGAAAACUCACGCCUUCCAUCGGCUACAAGACGACGUGCCAGAAGAGGUGAAGCGGCGGAGGCUGGAGGAGUGUAUCAGUGUGUUCAGAGAGGAAGCUGCGAGGAUCAACGCUGCUCUUAUUGGCAGCACACAGCUUAUCCUGGUGGAGGGAGAAAGUAAGAGAUCUGCCAAGGACCUGUGUGGGAGAACCGAUGGAAAUGUGAAAGUGAUUUUCCCCAAAGAGGAUGUUCAGCGCACAGAAUCCAAAACUGCAUCAGUCAGUGCUGGAGACUACGUGCUGGUGAAGAUAUUGUCGGCCAACUCCCAGAGCCUGAGGGGCCGGGCCCUCAGUCACAGCUCCCUGACAGGCAACGUGAAGUAUUAUGAGACUCUGCCAAGGGACCAGCUUGAGGAACAUUUGGCUUCAGACACAACCAUGAUUGAAGCAUGCCCUUGAUUAACAUGGUGACACCACAGGAAACUGUCUACUUCUCUUGAAUGACUUUGAAGGCACAUGGAGGCUGUUUUGUCAUCUUACAAUCACAUUGGACUGCUAUGAAAACAGUAAUUUAUUUAUAUAGUCAGUGCACAGUAUGUGUAUGUACAUAUUGAUCUGCUUAGGAUGCUGAAAGUCAUUUGGGUGAAUUGCCAUUUGUUUCGUACAUGGAACUGUAAAUUAUAUGUUGUUUUGUCUGAUCUUCAAACUGCAGUAAAAUGUCAUGGAUCAGUACAUUAAUAGAAAAAAGUCAGAAACCUUGAGAAAAAAAUUGCCUAAAGUCAGCAGCAAAAGUGCUGUGAUAUGCUUUGGAAGAAGCAUGUUCUUUCAAAAAAGAUAACUGUGUUGACAACAGCAGACCCUAUCCUGCAGACGGUGUCCCAUUGUGACACGACUGCAGUAACCCUGUCGGAACAGUUCACUCUCCCCAUGAGGAAUACCUUAUCAGAGUUAGUAAUAUUGGUGCAUCAUUGAG